AUGAGGAAAGCCGGCAAACCUAUAGUCGAUGUCCAAAAUGAUUCGGACACUUCAAAGUUUUCCAAAUUCAAUUGCAUUAAUUUCAUAACAGUCAUAAAAUUCGUAGAUACAGCUUCUGAAAAGCAGAGGAGGUUGGAUAAAAAAUUGUUUGAAGCAUUUUUAAAUGUGGUGUCGAUUUACAUUGAUUUUAAGAAUAAAGAGAAAUAUGAAAAAUUAAAGAAACUGCGGCAAGCUCAACAGGAGUUGCCAGUGGCUAAAUACAGACAUGAAAUUGUGUCAGCAGUACAAAAUGAAAAGGUUGUGGUUAUCGCGGGUGAUACUGGAUGUGGUAAAUCAACACAAGUACCCCAGUAUUUACAUGAGGCGGGAUUCCAGAAUAUUGCAUGUACUCAACCAAGGAGGAUAGCUUGCGUGUCUCUGUCAAAAAGAGUUGCAUAUGAGAUGCUCACACAGUUUGAAUCAAAAGUUGGGUAUCAGAUAAGAUUUGAAAAAAGUAAGACAUCGGAUACAAAAAUAUGUUUCAUCACUGAAGGACUGUUACUAAGACAGCUGUCAUCAGAAAAUUUACCUUCUUAUGAUGUGAUUAUUCUCGACGAGAUUCAUGAACGUCACCUAAUGGGCGACUUUCUGUUGGUGCCAGGCCGUUUAUAUUCUAUUGAGCUGAAUUAUAAGCCAAUAUUGGUAGACGAUAAACCCACUAGGGAUGACAGACUUGACCCUCAGCCUUACAUACAGAUCAUGCAACUAAUCAACAGUAAAUACCCAAGUGACGAGAGAGGUGAUCUAUUGAUCUUCAUGUCCGGAGUACAGGAGAUAACGACGAUAUGCGACGCGGCGCAGCAGUAUGCGGAGAAAUCUAAGAAUUGGAUAGUGCUGCCGUUGCACAGUGCGCUGUCUUUAGCUGAACAAGACAAGGUAUUCGACUAUCCACCAGAGGGCGUUAGAAAAUGCAUAGUAUCGACGAAUAUAGCAGAGACAUCU